GUCUUACUGGCAAUGAAGAAUAGCCGCAUUAUGUAAUUCUAUACAUUGAUUGAUAUGCCUAUGAAUUCCUCCGAAGCAGUUCGGCCGCAAGUAAUAAUUAAUCCUCGAAAGCUCGAUCUGUGGACGGAGACAAACCUCCAGACCCAGCGGGCGCCUGGCGGUUGCUGAAGGGGAACCUCUCACCUGAGGAAAGAAAGUUAAAGGACGAUGGCCACCGCCGGCACUGAAAACGGAGACGGCCAUGUGGCGGCGAGGCGGGCGUUUGACGAGACCAAAGCUGGCGUUAAAGGUCUCGUUGAUGGCGGCGCCACCACAAUCCCUUCGUUUUUCUAUCAUCCAAAGCCAAGAUUCAUCCCUCCCCCUCCACCUCCCCAUCUCUCUGUACCGAUCAUAGACUUUUCCCUUCCUCGUACCUCCAUCCUCCCCGCUGUCGUCUCGGCCGCCUGCAACUGGGGUUUCUUCCAGGUCAUCAACCACUCCAUUCCACUCCCGAUCCUCAGUCGCGCCCUUUCAUCGGCCCGAUCCUUCCACGAGCUCCCAGCAGCAGAGCGCUCCCGCUACUACUCUCGCGAAUAUGGCGGUGGCGUCUCUUAUAUUUCCAAUGUUGAUCUCUACAGCUCCAGCGCUGCCAGCUGGCGCGAUACCCUACAGAUCAGGAUGGGCCCUACGCCGCCGGACCAGGAGAAGAUUCCGGCGGUAUGCCGUCAGGAGCUUAACGCGUGGGAUACCUCAGCCAGGGGGCUGGCGCGGCAGGUGAUGGGGAUGCUGGCGGAGGGGAUGGGGGUGGAGGAGGAUAGACUAGAGAAGAUAACUUGUUUGAAUUCGAGGGUUUUGGCUUGUCACUAUUAUCCGCCUUGUCCUGAACCGGAGGCCACUGCAGGGCUUGUGGAUCACAGCGAUCCUGGGGUGCUGGCGCUUCUGCUGCAAGACGACAUUGGGGGUUUGCAGAUCAAGAAGGAGGGGGAAGACGGGGAGUGCUGGUGGGUUGAUGUCAAGCCUGUGGAAGGGACAGUUGUGGUCAAUGUUGGAGAUCUCCUCCAGGUGAUUUCCAAUGAUAAAUACAAGAGUGUGCAUCAUAGGGUGUUGGCCAACUCUCAUAAAAAGGCCAGAGCUUCUAUUGCUAUGUUCUUAAAUCCUGAUGGGAGAAGUGAGUCUGACCUCUAUGGGCCUCUACCAGAACUAUUGUCAAACGAAAAUCCUGCUCGCUACAGAAAUUUCACAAUGUCUGAAUUCAUGAGAACUUUCUUUAGCAAACAGUUGGCCAGCAAAUGCUUGCUUGAUCAUUUCAGGAUACAAUCUGAUGACACCAAGGAAGUAUAAGCUUAUGGAUUGUGUAAAGAACAAAACUUUGGCUCCAUAUACAUGUAUUUACUCUAUCCUUUUGCUUGCAGCUUUUGAUGUUGUAAUGGUAUUUGUCAAAAACAAUCAAGCUGUACUAUUUUACUAAAAUAUUCAUAGCUGUUUUAAGAUCAACAUUGUUCUAUUAAUACUAUUUUGUGGUUUGCACUUAUUAGAAAGAAA